GAACUCUGUCUCCAGUGGCUUUCAUUCUUCUCUUCUUCUUCUCUUCUUCUUAUCUGCCAUGCCGUGAUCCCCUCGUCUGCCUCUCUCUCUCUCCUCCGCCUCCUCCCCUCCAAACCUCCCCGCACCUACUCCCUCCGCUAUUACGAGAGGUCGGCGACGUCCCACGGCCUGUCGGUGUCUCCAAUGCCUGACUGGUUUGCCCCUCCCUUCAUUCCAUAUCCGCCUGCGAAGGCUGGAUAUUGGAGUCCCGUUACCUCGACUCUGAAUUGGUGCGAAGAGGACUACUAUGCCACCAUCUACUCCGCCGAGAUCAUCAACACCCUCACCAACCUCCUGUUCAUGUGGCUCGGCGUGAAGGGGUUUCUCAGCUGUCGCCGUCAUGGUCACGAUUCGAUCUUCAAGGUCGCCUACGCCGGCUAUCUGCUUGUCGGAACCGGGAGUUUUCUAUUCCACUCGACUUUAAAAUAUCCCAUGCAGCUGGUCGAUGAGCUGUCCAUGAUCUACACCACCUGCCUGAUGUGCUAUGCCUCCUUCUCCUACUCGCGACCGAACCCGAUUCGAGUCAUCUUGGCGAUCUCCCUCGCCGCGCUGGCCGUCUUCAUCACCCUCUACUACCACUACCUCCAGGACCCCGUUUUUCACCAGAAUGCCUACGCCCUUCUGACGACCGUGGUGGUUCUCCGCAGCAUGUAUACCAUGGAGGUGACGUUGCGCCCGAAAUGGCGGCACACCACCGAGGAGGACCGACUGGCGCGCCAACGACAGGGUCUCCCCGUCCCAAGCAAGGAGCAUCAGCAUUACGAGAAUGUGCGGGACACCAAGAUCCUGAAGACCAUGUGGUUCAUGGUGGUUUACGGCCUGAGCUUGUUCCUGGGCGGGUUUCUCAUCUGGAAUCUGGACAACCACUUCUGUUCGGAGAUCCGCGGAUGGCGCCGGGUAGUGGGUCUUCCGUGGGGUGUUUUCCUGGAGGGUCAUGGCUGGUGGCACGUCAUGACCGGUAUCGGUGCUUAUCUUUACAUCAUCUGGGGAAUCUGGCUGCGCCACUGUCUCAACGAGCGGCAAGAAGAGUUCUACCUUUGGUGGCCUCGUUUCUGGAACUUCCCUGAAAUCAUCCGGGCCGGUCCUCGGGCAAAGACUGAGAAUGGCGCCGUCAAGAAAUCUAACUGAUCUUGGUUUCUCCAGAAUUAUACCCCUUUUCUUGUUCUAUUAUUUUUAUCUUUAUUUUUGGUUUCGGUUCGAGAGAAUCGCGGGCCAGGAGCCCCCGACUGUUGGGACGCGGUUGGCGUGGAUUUGAUGAUUGCCAACGUACCUAUAGACGUCGACUCUGGUAGGACUAGAUUCUAUUGCUUAGCGAAGAGAAACGAAGAUGAAAAGAAGGUUAUAAGUACUGUAUAGUAG